CGUUGAGCCACACCCCUGAUUUCCCGACCGCCGGGGUGGGCGGAAUACCCACAAAGAGAUCCCGCUUUUGCUUUCGACCAGGUCGGAGAGAAUGCCCAGUGAGAUGGUGCAGCCUCCCUGGGCACCCGCGCGAAAUUUACCAGUAGGAUGUCCACCUUGUCCUGGAUCGUGGUCUUCACCGCAGCGUAACAGUCCCCCAGUCUUCGCCAGCGAGGUGUACAACGAGCACAGGGCACAUCGUUGUUGACAUGCGCUCCUGGGCGACGUGUUGGCCUCCAGGUGCACGGUGGCAGUGUUGGGGCGGUUCUGGGGCGGAAGACAAGGUUACCUGAGACUGGGGGUUGGGGGAGGCCGGGGCAGGAUGAAGCCUGGGCGACGAGAAGUUGCGCAGUGAGGAACCAAGAGCAAAGGGCAGGGCGAGAGGGCGACGAGGGCAGGGGAGGAACACCAGCGGCCAAGGGCACGCUCUGCGAAGCACCGACCACAUCAUCGAGGUCAACGGCUGCACGGACGUCAACGGUAUGUGCCAGGAGCUGAAGAAGAGCACGCAGCUCGAGCUCACGCUCCGCCGCGGGCUGAAUCACCAGGUGGUCUCCCUGGGAGCCGACGCGGAGCCUAAGGAGGUCAACAGCGACCUUGAGGCCCUGAGGACACAGAUGGAGGCCAUAUUCGAGCUGGCGUCCGCGCAGCCCGACGGGGCCGCGCGGGCCCUGGAGGCUUCUCUGCUCAGCGCCAGGGAGACUGGGAGGCUGCCGCUGAACGACGCCACGAAGGAGGCGGCGCGCCGGGCCGUGGAGGUGUCCCUCGCGCGCGGCCCGACGGGCCCGCGGCGUCCCGAGGCG